CCUGUGCCUGCUGCCGUGGCCUUGGUGGCACCCUCCCUCCGUGGUCAGUCCAAGGCUUCCUCCGCCCAUGCAGUCCCCGGCUACCUCCGCUGAAGGCCUCAGUGGCUCCCUCUUUGGGGCCUACCCGCUCCCUACCUUCAAGUUCCAGCCUCGCUCUGAGAGCGUGGACUGGAGGCGCAUUAGCGCCCUGGACGUGGACCGCGUGGCGCGGGAGCUGGACGUGGCCACUCUGCAGGAGAACAUCACUGGGGUCACCUUCUGCAAUUUGGACCGGGAGGCGUGCAGCCGCUGUGGGCAGCCCGUGGACCCGGUGCUGCUCAAGGUGCUGCGCUUGGCCCAGCUCAUCAUCGAGUACCUGCUGCACUGCCAGGAUUGCUUGAGUGCCAACAUCGCCCAGCUGGAGGCCCGGCUGCAGGCCAGCCUGGGCCAGCAGCAGCUUGGCCAGCAAGAGCUGGGUCGCCAGGCUGAUGAGCUCAAGGGCGUGAGAGAGGAGAGCCGCCGGCGUCGCAAGAUGAUCGGCACCUUGCAGCAGCUGCUCCUGCAGACAGGGACCCACAGCUACCACGCGUGCCACCUGUGUGACAAAACAUUCAUGAAUGCCACCUUUCUCCGGGGCCACAUCCAGCGCCGGCAUGCAGGUGCGGCAGAAGGAGGGAAGCAGAAGAAGCAGGAACAACCAGUGGAGGAGGUGUUGGAAGAGCUGCGGGCCAAGCUAAAAUGGACUCAAGGGGAGCUGGAAGCCCAGAGGGAGGCGGAGAGGCAGCGGCAGUUGCAGGAAGCAGAGAUCACCCGUCAGAAGGAAACAGAAGCUAAGAAAGAAUUUGAUGAAUGGAAAGAAAAAGAGCGGGCCAAGCUAUAUGAGGAAAUAGACAAGCUAAAAAAAUUAUUUUGGGAUGAAUUUAAAAGUGUUGCCAACCACAACUCUACAUUAGAAGAGAAACUGCAGGCGCUGCAGUCCCACAGUGUGAUGGAGUCCAAUCUCGGGUCACUGCGGGAUGAGGAGUCUGAGGAGCGACUCAGGCAGACUCAGGAGCUCCGGGCCCUGAGGGAGAAGCUGGACAUUCAGAAAGCAGAAUGGAAGAGAAAGAUGAAGGAACUUCAGGGAGAGCAUGCAGCUCAGAAGCGAGAGCUGCAGGAGCAGAACGAGAGGCUCCAGGCCUCCCUGUCUCAGGAUCAGAGGAAAGCAGCUGCCCAGUCCCAGUGCCAGAUCAGUGCUCUCCGCGCCCAGCUCCAGGAACAAGCCAGGCUCAUCGCCUCCCAGGAGGAGAUGAUCCAGACCAUGUCUCUCAGGAAGGAGGAGGGGACCUGCAAGGGCCCAAAGGCUGUGGACAUGGAAGAGGACUCUUCUGAGGAAGAUCUGGAGGACUCCCGAGAUGGACAGCAGAAGGUGCUGGCUGCUCUGAGGCGAAACCCCACCCUGCUGAAGCAGUUCAGGCCAAUCCUGGAGGACACCCUGGAAGAGAAACUGGAAAGCAUGGGGAUAAAGAGAGAUGCAAAGGGAAUCCCCUUUCAAACCCUCAGACACCUUGAGUCCCUCCUGAGAACCCAGCGGGAGCAGAAGGCACGGAGGUUUUCUGAAUUUCUGAGUCUGAGGGAAAAGCUUGUCAAGGAAGCCACCAGCAGAGUGAAGGAGAGACAGAGAAACAGGGCCCUGGCAUCCCAGCCAGACACCAAGGCUCCAGUCAAAAGCCGGCAGAACCCACUGGUCAUCAAAGAAGCCCAGCCAAAGGCCAGGACCCUGCAUGUGGCGUUGCCAUCCAAGCCAGCAGAGCCACCCACGACGACUCUUCAGAGCCGUGGCAGCCACGGCCCUGGCCUGGCUCACAUGCCCACCCCUGCUCCACGUCCCAGAGCACAUGGACCCUCCGGCACCCCUGCUGCCCCAGGGCCUGGGCUGAGUACGCCCCCGUUCAGUUCUGAAGAGGACUUGGAGGAGGGACAUUCGGUGCAGCGGACGUCUCUCCAGCCCCCAAAAGGCCCUUCCAGGAUGGGGCCCCGGCCAGAGGAUGACUGGGGCUGGUCUGACACCGAGAGCUCAGAGGGCAGUGCCCAGCCCCCUGACAAGGGCUCAGGUGGGCUGGCUUCCUCAGGAACACUGGUGCAGUCACUGGUCAAAAACCUUGAGAAGCAGCUAGAGACUCCAGUGAAGAAGCCUGCUGGAGGGGUCAGUCUGUUCCUAAUGCCCAGCGCUGGGCCCCAGAGGGCGGCCGUGCCAGGAAAGAAGCCUCAGCUUUCUGAUGAUGAGAGUGACUUGGAGAUCUCUUCCUUGGAAGAUCUCCCCCCGGACCUGGGCCAGAGAGAAAAACCAAAGCCUCUGUCUCGCUCAAAGCCGCCGGAGGAGUUUGGUGCCAGUCCGUGGAGCCCUGGCCGAUCCAGGGUCCCUGGUUGGUGAUCCUGCCCCGGAGCCUGGCUGAGGCCAGCUCAGGACUCCCCGAACAGAUGAGGCUGCUGGGCCUCUUGUCUUCGUCAGUAACCAAGAGAUCUUCUCCUUUGCAGAGAAGCAGAGCAGAAGGUGGAUAUAAUUUCUUCCGCCUGUGAGGGAUCCUGCUUCCAGAGCGCCGGGGGUGCCUGGCUGGGUGCUCCUGGGUCCCAUGGCUUGAGAAAGGGUUAUAAUGAACAGUUUCCUUUCCCACCUCCAUGUUCACUCCAGCCUGAAGGAGCCCCUUGAUCUUUAUUCACUGGCAUUUUGUAAAUCUGUGGGAACAGUGUGUAGACGAGUCUUUACCUUGCCUGGUGUCUUUUUGGGGACACAUGCCUCAGUCAGUCAUUCCGUGAUUCUCCAAAGUCAUUUACUGAGUGCUUGUUCUCCACCAGGUCCGCCUCUCCCUGCCAAAUUGGGGUGCUGGCAGAGGUGAUGGGGGCAGAAGUACAGGGUAGUAAUCUAGUGACAGAGAUUAGGGUGCUAUGGGAGCAUAGCAUGGGCCACCCAGUGCAGUCAGGGGUGAUCCUGGAGAGAGUCUCAGAGCUGAUGUCUGGUUGUGCUUGCUCAGGGGCAGGAGGGAAGGAGAGCCACCUGGCUGGGACCUCGUGCUCAAAGGACCACAAAUUUAAUUUUUGAUAUUAUCUCCAAAGUUAGGUUAUAUAUGC